AGGGCCAUGUGGUAAAUACAUUGCUGUAGUAACAGAUGUUGCAAAGACACAGGCCAGCAGCCAUCUCUGACUGGACGCUGUGAGACUGGUGUGUUCUGUGACUUCGCUGAAACCAAGGUCGGAACAGAACGGUGGAUGGAUGCUCUGCUCGGGGAGCAGGACUCAGCUGGCGGAGACAUUAUUACAACAUGGAAUCAGGACUUUAAAAGCUGAAGGAAUCCUAAAGAUCAUGUAGUCUUCGCCUACCUGCUACCAGAGCACCCCCAGAAACGACAGCACACCUGGGGACGGCCCGGUCCCGGCCUGCUGUCGGAGGUGUCGCCACCCCUAGCUGCUGAGAGCCGGCCCCAGACCUCUGCUGGAGGGCCCUUCCUCUGAAGACAUCGCCAGUGUGUGGAGCCUGCCCCACACCCACCCCCUGCCAAACCACGGCCUUUACCUGUGUCUUCCGGUGUUUCCCCUGCGACCCAUCCUGCGGGAGUGCCUCGUGGGCCACCCCAGAGUUCGCCCCACGCUCCACGGCACCAAUGGUGAAGAUGACAAGAUCCAAGACUUUCCAGGCGUAUCUGCCCUCCUGCCACCGGACCUACAGCUGCAUUCACUGCAGGGCCCACUUGGCCAAUCAUGACGAACUCAUUUCCAAGUCGUUCCAAGGAAGCCAAGGACGAGCGUACCUCUUUAACUCAGUAGUUAACGUGGGCUGUGGGCCUGCGGAAGAGCGAGUGUUGCUAACAGGACUGCAUGCAGUCGCAGACAUUUACUGUGAAAACUGCAAAACCACUCUGGGCUGGAAAUAUGAACACGCCUUUGAGAGCAGCCAGAAGUAUAAAGAAGGCAAAUACAUCAUUGAGCUAGCACACAUGAUCAAGGACAACGGCUGGGACUGACUGCGGCGCGCCCGCCCGCCCACCCCCCCAGUGUCCGCGUGAAUGCCGUCCAACCGAACAUUCUACCCAAGCGCGAGAGAGUGACUGGACACUUGGUUCCAUCGUUUAGGGGCCUUGCCCUCUGGGGCACCCUCCCACCCUGACACCGCCUUUCCGGUGCCCGGCCUCUAAACUGCUAUCUCUCUGUCUCUUUGCUUUGUAUCUGUUUGUGAGUCGGUCCUGGCUUCUCUCUCUGUCCUAGUGUUGGCUGAAAACAAAACACCAGAAGGAACGGAUGCCUGAUCGCGGGGUGGCAGCCCACCUUGAUAAGGGCCCGGGGCCACGCAAGAGCUGCCCGACGGCCUCCUGCCAGGGGAGCAGUGCGCCGCGUUGGGGUGUGAGGAGGAGGGGAAGCGGGGAACCGUGAGUGUUCCGGGGGUGGGCAGGGGAUGGGAGGGGAGAAGUAGGAACAGACUUGUGCUACUCCUGGAGACCUGGUGACUUAGGCUUGAAAUUACCAACUUGUCUAAAAGGACAACAAGAAAAAAAUACCUCAUGACCGCAUUCUCUCUGAUCAGAAGCUUCUGUUCCUGCCCCCAAUGUGCCAGGUUAGCGUGUGACCCCAGAAGCGACCCUAAUUCUAGCGGGCGGGGCAGCAGCCUGGUUCUCCUGGGCCGAACUGGGGGGCUGUCUUGGCAGCAGUUAGUGACUCGGGGGAAAAGCCCAGAUGGGUUUUGAUGACUCUGAAAUCCCACGGCUGCUCUGGGUAAUCAUCUUUUCCUCUUCAGCCACCGUAGGUGAGAGGAGAGGGGACCGCCAUUUGCAUUGGUUGCAAAAUCCAAACGUCCCAAAGGCUUGGACCAGGAACCGAGUCCAGUCAGUCAGUGAGGAGAGCAGGGGGCAAAGGGGGCUGCAGUUGGGGAGCUCCUGCGGAAAUGGCUCAGAUGUUGGGCCAGGGGAAAAAAAAGUAAAACCAAUUAGCAUCGCUAACCUUUUUUUCCCUGACCCUCAGUGAGAGAAGAGCGUUGUGGCGAGGAAGGGUGUGGGGUGGGGCAAUGCUGGGAGUAGUUUAGAUUUGAACCACGACAGGUUAGGUGCAUCUUUCGUCUUUGGUAUGCGGUGGCUUCAGUGAGAUCGGCAGUUCUUUGUACGUAGAGUUUUGGGUGUUUUUCUCCAGUUCAAUCAUUGUAGAUUGUGGAAAACAAAGUCCCAAGGCUUUGAGCUUAGUGAUAGCUUGGCUGGUAGAUUCCUCAUGCCCCUAGCUGUUCUCCUUGGAUUUGGAUGUUUUGUGUGGAGAGAGAACAAUCAGAGUGGUCCAGCGGUGGGGAGGACUUAGAUUUGAUGUCAAGUGACAAAUUUUAAUGCUACCCCCUGCUCCUCACCUCCCUAUCCAAAGUUCGUUGUACUAGGGGAAGUGGAGAACCAAUCCCUGCAGGGCUCCUGCGAGGGGGAGGAGUCCGUUACAUCCAAUCAACACUGUGAAGCCAGUUCUGCAGCAAUUCAGCCAGUACACGGUGCAUGACCGAAACUCAUCUAGCUAAUUUCAUUGCUUAGACUGAAAAUAUUAUUGUUCAGAUAUGUGUAGGGUAUGGCAGGUGAUUCUCAGUAUCUCAUUGUCCAAGUAGGCUGAUCAAUAUUCCAAGUAGGAAUAUUCACCUUAAAAGUCAUAAAAGAAAGUAUUCAUGGAGAUAAAAGUCUAUACAUUUGAUUAACCAAGAUUCAAGCAGCCAACCCAGGACAUUUUCAGAACUGAACCGAAUUCCCAUAGGGAACGAGUCCGCAGUGGACAUGGCUUUCCGUGUCCCCGUGAGCCGCUCGCUGAGUGGGGGAAGUGUGGGUGGGCAUGGCCCUGCUGGGGCAGGACCGGACAGCAGGACCGGCAGGACGCAGGCGGCUCCUGGCUCAGCAGCCGCUGCCUCUGUGAGACAGAAGGAGCCCUAGCAAUGGCAUUCUGUGCCCAAAGACUUCUGGCCCACGCAGUUCGGUGCUGUGGUAGCCCUGGGAGAUUGUUGUUCCCCCCACAAUGCUGAAAAGCAGACUGAGGUUCCGAAAACGUGGUGUGUUUCUGCUCCCAGAGAAAUACUUCCUCUGGCUCCCAGGCACUUCCAGGCCCAAGAUCUCAAAAAAAAUUUUUUUUUUAACUUUCACAUUCCUCAGCUGGCUUGCCAGCACAGAACUCAUAGAUUCCCCUCCAGCCGCGCCCCCAGCAGAAGGUAGUGACCUUCAUUUAUGGGUUUUGAUUGGCCCCUUUGCUCAGGGAAUGUCCUGGCUAUUGAUACUCCUUCCCAUAAAAAGAAAAUGGGGGCUAAGCGUGGGUAGGUGUUUUGUCUUUAAAAGUAGAAAUGGAGUGUGAUGACGUGGGCACCAGACACAGGGCUGUAGAAUUAUCACCAGUCAGGGGAGACCCGUGUGUCACUGUUCUUCCUUGUGCUGGGGCCUCUGACGUGUGCGGGUCAGAGCAGGCUCCAGCAGAACCCUGGUUUGGGUGUUUGCAGCUACUACCUGUUGAGCAUCCAGUGGGCGGAUGGCGCCGUGCUUGGUGUAAGAGAUCUGAGCAGGGUGUUGGUUUUUCCAUAACUACAGAAAAUCAAAAGCCCAGACCAUUAGGCUUUCCCUUUGUGUCGAUGAAACCAAAAGUGCUUCUUAAAACUUCAGCUCCAUUCAUGGCUUGUCUAUCUAACAUCAUAGUUUUGGAGAGACCGCAGCUGAGCAACGGAGAUGCGUCAACUGAUGGCCUCAGUCAGUUCAUUCUUUAAUUUUCCUCACCAAAUUAUUGACUCAGAGCAUAACCAAAGACCUCAUCCACUCACCCCUGGUAGGUUCAGGGAACUGGAGUUCCAUGUAAAGCUUGGGUGGGGCUGAGGGAGGAAGGAAGGGGAAAGGGAGAAGGGAGAAAGGGAAAGGCGUGGAGUUCUAUACCUCAGCCAGCAGCUGCCUUCAUUUUCAGCUGAAGUCCAGCCGCAGACCCUCCAGUUCCUCUCCCUUGUGCCAUCCUUGCCCAGAUGGCUUGGUGGCCCUGGAUUCCAUCCCACCCCAUCCCUACCCACCCUUGAUACCCGUCUCAGGCUGCUCAUAGGCUGAUUUGACAUGAAUCAGAUUCAGCCGAAGCUGAUGGUCACAGGUGGUCAGCUGGGCCCGGCUGAGCGCUGCCCCAAUGCCGACGGCGGUGUGAGCCUGGAGACAGGAGCGAGGAGUCUGGGCUGGUGGGUCCGUGUGGGGGAGAAGAGGUAGCCCCUUUAUAACAAGAUUUUCAAGUGGAUAUAUAUAAAAGAAACAGUUGCUUGUGAAAUAUACUUUUGUAAAUAAUAUUUAAUUUUUUAAAUAAUAUAUUUGGUGCUGUUUUCUCAGAUCCCCUGAGAGCACUUUUUAUUUUCAUUUUUAAAUUUUACAGGUUCCUCUGCAUUUCUUGAAGUAUAUUUUAAGGGAAACAGUGAUCACCAAUGUAUUGUAUUUUGUUUUGUUUUUUUAAAGACAUCUCUAUCACAUUAGAGGCAAUAAAGCAAUGCCUCUCUGUAUUUCCCCCAAUGGAAUGAACUCUACAGUACGUUACCAGGUUGGGAAUCGAACUAUUUUCUUGCACCGGUAUUGGCCAGAAAAGAAAAUAAAUAUAAUCAAAUAAAUUUAGUAACAACUUAGAGUGAAACAAAUUGGAAAAUGGGAAUCUUUUGUGUGUGUGUGCGUGUGUGUGUGUGUGUAUGUGAAAAGCACUUUGGACUGUGCCUCCUGGUUUCUUUUUUAUUGGGGACACUGUACCUAUAGUUUACACCUUGGGCACAUAAGGCUUUUCUUCUUUCUCUCUGGUGGUGGUUUUCUCUCUGAGUGGACCAGCAGCACAACUGUGAGAUCUCGUUUUCCUGAGCACAGAGCUGUCGCCAGUCUAUUCCUUUUUCUUUGCGCACUCAGCUUUUACAGACUGGAAAGGAAAUCUGUUGUCUGUGAAGAUCCAGCAGAGUCAGAUCUGUUGGGGUGUGAGUGUGCUCAUCGCGGAACCCAGGGCUCCAGCUGCUGUAGAAGCCACAUCAUGCUAAAACAUUGACUGGUUUGGGUGGAAAGAUCGGUGAUGAAAUAAUGCACAUACCUUGUCGGGAAACAGCUUUUUAAUUUUUUUUUAAGGUCAGUUUGCCUCAGGUUCAGGAAGAGGCUGAGAAAUCAAAUCUUGAACACAAUCAACUUACAUUAUUUUUGUAAAAGUCUGCCUCAAAUGAGAAAUCACGCUAACGGUCUGGGUGAAGGAAAGAGAUGUUUAAUUUUUUUAAAUUAAAGUACAGUCAUGAAAUCUGCCAGUAGUGAAAGGUAAAGCCAAGAAGCAAGCUCUUACCAUUUUACCAAAUUCUCUCUGCCGUAUGUUUUUGUAUAACAUUUCAGUGAAAGUGAGAAUUCGAGUUUCCGACCUGCAGAGACUGUCUUUAAAUACAGACUGUUUAUGCUUGUGUUUACAGACGAUUUGUUGGGUUUGGGUUUUGUUACUUUCUUUCCUUUGUUUAUGUUGUUGUUGUUGUUGUGGCAUUUUUCAGGUCACUUUGCUUUAAUAACAAAGAUCAUAAUUUUCCAAUAAUUUGUCUUCACCAUCUCCUGUAUUUGUACAUAGUGAUUCAGUAUUAGACAAAAGUGCAUUGUUUCUGUCAUAUUUCCAAUCUGUGUUGGUGCUCAUUUGAGAAAAUAAAGUUUUCAAAUAUUAA